AUGGAAGGAGGGCUCCAAGCUCCACGAGAAACAACGCCUUCCGCGAUUUCCUCGCAGUACGUCGCACCACUCGCAGCCAGGAUGUCGCACGACCACGGAAGCCACAGCUCGGACGCCAGCAGCAUGGCCAGCAGCAUGACGGACAUGGGAGACCAGUUCUGCGAAGGGGAUGGAACGGUCAUGCUGAUGGGAUUUCAGGCAGCUACCAGCGCGAGCGUGCGGUGCAUCCUCUUCCUGUUCGAGGGAGCCGGAGUAGACACCAAGACAAAAUACGCCUUCGCGGCACUGGGGGCCUUCUGCAUGGGCUUCGCCAAUGAAAUGAUCCGGUACGGACGCGACAGGAUGGCCAAGGCCUCGGGGGUAUGCGUGGGAUCGGACGUGAAGGCGACUUUUGCUUUCGCCGUGCAGAUGUUCCUGGCGUACAUGCUCAUGCUGCUGGUGAUGCUCUACGAGUACGUGAUCCUCAUCAUGAUCAUCUCGGGCCUCGCCGCGGGGCACCUGGUGACCCUCCGGCUGUCCGCCGGCAGGCGCCGAGCGGCGCUCAAGGACGGCGCCAAGGAAGCCUCUGGAGUCGCGGGCAGCUCCGGCACGCCUUGCUGCAACUCCGCAACGCAGGCGUAA